UGAAAGAACCCUAUGUUAGUAAAAGCAAGAUCUUUACACAUACAAAUUCACUCUCAAAUCAAUAUUUUGAAGUGAAAAAAAAACACUCCUCACAUUGACAACUCUGUAGGUUCUUACAGCAUAAACCCUAACAUUGCUUAAACCCUUUUUGAAAAUAACCAUUUGAUUCUUGGGGGUGUUGAAAUUUAUUCACCCAAAUCUUUGUGUUUUUCCAUUUUUUGGCUCCUAUCCGGCAACAAUUUGAGCAAUCGACAGAGGUCAAGACUCCUGGAUUUGUCUACUUGACAGGUUGAUAUCCUUUGAGGAGGAUAAUGACAUAGCCGCAGCUGGAACGUGCUAGGAUGAGGUUACAAUUGAUUAAUAGAGGAUUGCGAUCUCAGUAUGACUUAAAACGUACCACUGUAUUUGCUAAUUGCAAGAGGUUCUCAGUUUCAAAUAAUGGAUAUUCCAACUUUGAUAGACCUGUCAGCUCCUUCGUUCCAGAGAGAAACCCGGAAUUUUCAAGCCGAUUAGAGAAUGUGCAGAAUGGAGUAGAUAACACACAUGGGUGGAGCGAGGCCUUUUCAAACAAAUUGGAGGGUUUAAGGCAAACAGUGGAUAAUGUUUGCAAGAUCUUGCAGAGUGGUCCUUGGGGACCUUCUAUAGAGAUUGCUUUAUCCAAAUGUGAUGAAAAUCCUAGCACCGAAGUGGUCACUGGAGUAUUAAGGCGGCUAGAGGAUGUCAACACAGCAUUAAACUACUUCGGAUGGGCUGAGAAGACAACCCUCCGAGCACAUUGCCCUGAAGCAUAUAAUUCACUUCUCAUGGUAAUGGCUAGGACUAGAAAUUUCGAAAAUCUGGAACAGAUUUUGGAAGAAAUGAGUCUCGCUGGAUUUGGCCCAUCGAACACUGUAUCGAUUGAGUUGGUUGCAGGCUGUGUGAAGAAGCGAAAACUUAAAGAAGCGUUUGAUCUAAUUCAAACCAUGAGAAAGUUUAAGAUUCGUCCUGCAUUUUCUGCAUAUACAACUGUAAUAGGUGCGCUUUCUGCUGUACAAGAACCUGAUCUCAUGCUCACCCUCUUUCAUCAGAUGCAGGAAUUAGGAUAUGAAGUAAAUGUACAUUUAUUCACGACUGUAAUUCGAGCUUUUGCUAGGGAGGGCAGAGUUGAUGCUGCUCUGUCCUUGUUGGAUGAGAUGAAAAGCAAUGCUUUUGAUGCAGACAUUGUCCUCUAUAAUGUUUGCAUUGACUGUUUUGGCAAGGCUGGUAAAGUUGAUAUGGCCUGGAAAUUCUUUCAUGAGUUGAAGGCGCAUGGUAUUUUACCUGAUGAUGUGACAUAUACGAGUAUGAUUGGGGUUCUUUGCAAAGCUAAUAGAUUGAAUGAAGCUGUAGACUUGUUUGAGCAGUUGGAGUUCAACAGGACUGUUCCAUGUGCAUAUGCUUAUAAUACCAUGAUCAUGGGUUACGGAUCUGCUGGUAAAUUUGAUGAAGCAUAUAGUUUGCUUGAGAGACAAAGACAAAAAGGGUCAAUACCAAGUGUGAUUGCAUAUAAUAGUCUUCUUACUUGCCUUGGGAAGAAACAAAGAGUGGACGAGGCAUUAAGGAUAUUUCAGGAGAUGAGGAAAGAUGCUGCACCUAAUCUUUCAACCUAUAAUAUUCUCAUAGACAUGCUCUGCAGGGCAAGGAAGCUUGAUGUUGCUUUAGAAAUUCGUAACACCAUGGAGGCAGUUGGCUUGUUUCCUAAUGUAUUGACUGUGAAUAUAAUGGUUGAUCGUCUAUGCAAGGCUCAACAACUUGAUGAAGCAUGUUCUAUCUUCGAAGCUAUGGAUCAUAAAGUUUGUAGACCAAAUGAAUUCACAUUUUGUUCUCUGAUAGAUGGACUGGGUAGGCGAGGGAGAGUUGAUGAUGCAUACAGACUCUAUGAACAAAUGUUGGAUUUUGAUCUUAUUCCUACUGCCAUUGUCUAUACAUCUCUCAUCAGGAACUUUUUCAUGUGUGGGAGAAAAGAAGAUGGCCACAAAAUUUACAAGGAGAUGGUGCGUCAAGGAGCUUCUCCUGACCUUACCCUCCUUAAUACUUAUAUGGAUUGUGUUUUCAAAGCUGGGGAGACAGAGAAAGGUAGGUCUCUGUUUGAGGAAAUCAAAACUUGGGGAUUCACUCCAGAUGUAAGGAGCUAUUCUAUACUAAUCCAUGGCCUCAUAAAAGCCGGCUGUGCUCGUGAAACAUAUGAGCUGUUUUAUGCAAUGAAGGAACAGGGGUAUGUGCUGGAUACUUUUGCUUAUAAUACUGUUAUAGAUGGAUUCUGCAAAUCAGGUAAAGUUAAUAAAGCUUAUCAGCUGCUGGAGGAGAUGAAAGUAAAAGGUCUGGAGCCAACUGUAGUAACAUAUGGCUCUGUCAUCGAUGGGCUUGCUAAGAUUGACAGACUUGAUGAAGCCUACAUGCUUUUUGAAGAAGCAAAAUCUAAAGGUGUUCCUUUAAAUGUGGUUAUAUACAGUAGUCUAGUAGACGGAUUUGGUAAAGUGGGUAGAAUAGACGAAGCAUAUCUAAUCAUGGAAGAAUUGAUGCAAAAAGGCUUGUCACCAAAUGUAUACACAUGGAAUUGUUUGCUUGAUGCACUAGUGAAGGCUGAAGAAAUAGACGAAGCCCUUGUUUGCUUCAAGUCAAUGAAGGAGUUAAAGUGCACUCCAAAUACUUUUACUUAUAGCAUUAUCAUUAAUGGUCUUUGUAGAGUAAGAAAAUUCAAUAAAGCAUUUGUAUUUUGGCAAGAGAUGCAGAAAGAAGGAUUAACACCCAAUAUGAUCACCUAUACAACCAUGAUCUCUGGGCUUGCAAAGGCUGGAAAUGUAUCAGAGGCCGAUAAACUCUUUCAAAAAUUCCAGGCCAAGGGAGGUAAACCAGAUUCUGCUUGUUACAACACUAUGAUAGAGGGGCUAAGCAUCGCGAACAGGGCGACGGAGGCAUAUGAGCUAUUUGAAGAAACAAGAUUAAGAGGAUGUAAUAUAUAUACCAAAACUUGUGUUAUUCUUUUAGAUGCAUUACACAAGGCAGAAUGUCUUGAGCAGGCUGCAAUCGUUGGUGCUAUAUUGAGAGAAAUAGCAAAGUCGCAGCAUGCUUCAAGAUCUUUGUAAUGUUGACAUAGGUACUCGUCGCCAUAAGGAAAUUUUCAGUUCCAUAAUUCAAAGGUCUGAUCAUCUUUUAUUUCUUAUAUAUUCGUCAAACAAUUACCACAUGAAAAUAUCUUUUUGUCAUGCUUCCUGUUCUUCCACUCUGCUGCACAUGCACACUAACACUCAUUUACACAUAUAUAACUACAUUUUUAAAUGUCUUCUAUGGGGAGUCAGUUGAAUCUUCUGUAGAGAAGCAGCCUCACAUACAUGGUGUUUAGAUGCCUAACAAGGCUGAGUGCUCACCAUUGAACAGUCAUGGUAGAACAAUGUAUUAUUGUCAUUCUCUUUGCUGAAACUCCAAAAUCAUUUCUUAAUUGGAAGUCAAAGUUGCUCAUUCUCAAAACCGCUCCUGUAUCUGUAGUAGUAGUUAUUACUUCUACACUUCAUUGGCAUUUCUCAAGCUUAGUAUAUUAAAAGGUGUUUGACUAUGUUGGCUUGAUGCUUGACAGGUUAUACUGGUAUCAGUCAUAAGGUGACCUGGAUGAUUUUAUCUUGGCUUGCUUACUAUAUUUGUGAAAAUAAUGUGUUUUAUGGAUGGGCAGAGAGUUAAUGAAUGUCAAUGAAGUUGUAUUGAUGAGUUCUAGUUUGGAAUUGCCCUAUGAAAAAUAUUCUUCAUGUAACUUGAAAGCUCUGUUGCUCGAAAAGCAUAAGCCUUGUUCUAUUUGACAGGCUGUAUAUUGCCUGUUUUUAGAGUUCCCUUCACUCUGAGAGGCUGUGUUCCAAUUUCAAAGCUACUCUCAAAGGCCAAAGCGCACCACAAGGAGAAACGAUCCAAUCAAACUAUCUGAUAAGGUAGUCAAGGCCAUUGGAGCUUCAUGCUCCUUUGUCCAUGUUUCUUGCCUUAAAACUGUGAAAGCCUAUGAACAUGGUCUGAAACUGCAGAAGCUCAUGCGGUAGGUGAUGCGACAAGAAGUCUGUGAUUGACAAUGCCCCAUGAAAAGAAACGAGGAACUCUCAAUGAAGAAGUGCUCUCUAAACCGAACGAUGAGGCAUGCUAGCCUUUGUUGUAUGUUCAUCAAAUUGACACCAUUUGUUCCCAUAAACGCCUCUAGAUUCUUGCUUGUGA